AUGAUGGCACGCCCAAAUGAAGAAGAAUUUGUCCACACAUCUGGCGAGGACGAGGAGAUGUUCGAAGAGAAUGUGAGUAAAGAUUUUGUGAGAGAGUUCGACAGACUCUCAAACAAAGUGUUAAGUCAUGUGAAUUCGAUCGCUAUAACGUGUGAUACGGAGCUAUCCAAAAUGAUGCGCACUGACGACCCGCGCAGAGACUCAGUAGUCUCGUCCGUUCGCGAGCAAGUAGCGAUGGUAAAAGAAAUUGUUAAGGCGGUGUUCGGGGAAAUAAGCGAGUUGAGUCAGCCGCAAGUAGCGGAACAUGUCUUAGAGGCGCUUCGCGAAGCACAUAUAAAUAGUGUGCCGCAACUGCGAGCGCAUUUAGGUCGGAAUGCCGCGAUGGCCAACACAAUAAAGGAGGCGUGCGAAAUCCUGCAAUGUCAGGAAGGAGAAGUAAGCGCGACAUUGAGAGGCCUCUCCGCAGGUCUCAAAGUAGAAAGGCAGAAGUCUGACGAGCUUCGACUACAAUUAAUGCAAAAGGAAUUUCAGCUCGAACAGUUGCGUCAAGAAGUCGAACAUCUCGGACAGCCAAACAAGAUGAGCACCUCCAGAAAUCAGGAUAAUAGUGCCUCGGAGCGAGGUGAGUUCCAUCCACUAAGACAGCACUGUACGUUAGAGACCAAUGCCCAGAGCAACCAGUCUUUACAGAUGCGCUCCUCAAAGACUUGGAUACCAUCGAACCAACAGUAUUGCGUGACUACGCCGAGAGGCGAAUCAGAGAACUGUCCAGGAACUCCACAUUCGUCGGUCACAGGUGAGGAUAGCGAGUUUUCGUUGAGUGAUUACAUGCGUACCAUGUCCUUACCAGAAGUACAACCUUUCUUUGGUAAACCGGGCGAGUGUUUUAAACGAUUUCUGAGUUCGUUUGAAAUGAAGUACCCAAAGAACCAAUGGAAAGACUCCAACAGACUACAACUUUUGCAAAGCUUCUUUAGGAGAAAUGCUCUGACAAUAUUCGAGACCCUACCGAAAGAGGUGCGAGAGGGCACCUUUGACGGUGUUGUUAAAGCAAUGAAGGAUAGGCUACGCGUAGAUGGGAAUAGCCAGCGGGUAAAGGCUUUGGCAGACCUGCGCACAUUAGCCAUUCGACCGGGGCAAACCGUCAGCGAGUUUUGCUUCGUGAUAGAGCAUUUGGCGAAUAAGGCAUAUCCAGACAUGCCCUCAGAGGCUACUUCAUUGCAGAAAGCAGAGAUUUUGUGCAGGCAACUAGCCAAUUGGAAUGGUAGUUAUUGUCUAACUGAAGCGCUAGAGACUAGUAGUUGCGAGCGCGCAUACGAGAAGGUCAAGGAGGCGGCCCUUCGAUUAGAACGAAGCCUGAGAAUAGCGAGUGAAUACAAAUCAUCAACCACUACGAGGACGACAGAGGAUUCUGUCAACACGUGGGAUACAAAACGUGGAGCACGUGGCAGACAGGACUGGGAAGGCAACUCAAAACGGGAGGACGAAAAACCACGCCAUCCUCCACCAGGCACAAAAAAGGAGCUUACUCCCCGUUUUCAGAAAAGGAAAAGUGACCCGUCGAAAUGCUACAAUUGCGGUAAAAUGGGCCAUUUGGCAAAGGAAUGUCAUGCACCACCACAGGCACGACAACAAAACACCGCAAAGGUGGGAGAUGCUCACCAAACGCCUGGUUCAACGUAUGCUUCCCGCGUAGACAAAUGGUUGUGUACAACUUGGGACGGCCCACAACCCGGCACAAGCCAACUAUUUGGGGAAAAGCCGCUGGUAGAGAUAACGAUCUGUGGUAUAAAAGCGAAGGCGCUCUUGGACACGGGUUCACAGACUACAAUCAUUCCAGUGAAACUAUUGAAGAGAGCCGCCAACGAGGGUGUCAACUUGGACGAAUACAUUGAACGUUUACCCAAUCCCAAAGUGGCAGUUCGCGAUGCCUCCGGAAAUAGGAUGAAGUUCUUUGACACCAUUCGCGUAGCGAUAACAUUAGAACAUCACCUGGAGUUCGUGCCAGCUUAUGUCGGAAAAGGAUUCGACGAAGUGGUAAUUCUGGGUACAAAUGCGCUAGAGUUGUUCAAUCUUAAGCUCUCCAAAAGCGCUAAACGAGAACCUCAUAACAGCGAUCAGGUGGUUAAUAGCCUCCAAGCAGACCGAGCAGCACGUGUCAAAAGUAGGCUUUUUGUCCCAUCCAAAGCCGCGCGAACUCUGACGCUGACAUGUGCACGUGUACACUCUUGCGAGUCACCAUUCCUCCGCUCGCAUCAUCCACUUAUACCUGAUGGUCUAUGCAGCGCCCUGGGCAGCGAUGAGGUGAACAUACCAGUCAUCAAUAGCUCAGAUCAAGGGAUGGUAUUUAGAAAAGGAGAGAAGGUAGGAGAGUGGCAAGACAACGACUGGGUUAAGCCGAAGUAUGUCUCACCCGACCGGGACAUGUUGGAUUUGCACGGACCAAAAACAUGGUGCUCUUCGGCCAAGCGUGUAGAG